AUGGGCCUCCUGGACAACCGCCUCGUGAUCCUCAUCCUCCGUGCGGCACAAGCUCUUUUCGCGAGUAUAGUCCUCGGCCUCACAGUAUGGAUCGCUUUCUGGUGGUCCCACUACUGGAACUCCAUGUCUCCCGCCUCCGUUAACUUCCUCCUCUUCUGCGCCGUCUGGGCGCUGCUGGCACUACUAUACCUUAGCCUCGCGCCGUUCCUGGGAUUUCUGGAACGCAGCAAGUGGACGAAGAUGAGUCUCCUCGUGGUCGAAGCUCUGACUACGAUGUUCUGGAUCGCGGGAACGGUUGCGCUGGCGAUCUUCUUGAGUAAAAGAGUGUGUUUUGGCAGUGUGUGCACGGCGGCGAGGGCUGCUACAGCUUUUGGGUCGAUGGAGUGUCUGGCGUUCAUGUUCACUACGGCGCUCGCUGCGAUGCAUCUCCGUUCUGGAUCCGGCGGUACUGCGAGGAGAAGUUCACUACACAAGCACAUGUACCUGUUGAUCAAGCGACAUGCUUACCUGGCAGUAGGCCUUCCAAGUUUGAAGUGGCCUCUGCCGAACUGCUUUUACACCUUCAUGCUCUGGCACUCUAACGUGUCUGUACGACUAGAUGUCGGGAUAUGCUCACGUACUGGAUCCUCCAGCAAACAGAAUGAACGCAGCCACCUGCGAUCCGUCCGAUGCGAGGCUGAUGUUACAGGCCUUGUCUGCUCGGGCUAUGGGCAAUUGGUGUUCGAGAAUAUCCCUGCCUUGCGGAGAAGACGGGCGAAGCACAGUGCACGACAGCAGAUUGCUCGUCUGACCUCUCCGAACUUGGUCCAGGAAGACCUCCAAAGCUCAGACCACAGUCAAUCAAACCGCAAAGCGUUCUCGAUCAAACCACAAGCAACGGUCAACAAUCACAUGAUGCUCACCAUCGCUGUCUUCACCUGCACAGAGGCAGAGGGCUGGGAACAGAAAUCGUCCGGCCGCGCAGUCGGAAAGCCCGGAAUUCCUCGCAAUGGGAUCCAUGAAGUCGUCCCUGAUAAGGGCACACUGACGACGUCCGGUCGGCAAAACACAAAAGAGGCAGAAAUCCGCUCCUCGGACUUCUUCCUCCAGCAAUACCUCCAAGCACUCAAGCCACGAGACACACACAACAUGAAGUUCACCAUUGCCGCCUUCAUCGGUCUCAUUGCCCUCAUGGCUCCUUCUGCCGUCCUGCUGCGACGGGCCGAUCCCAAGUCUGACAAUGCGGUGGCUCUGGAGGGCGUCGAGGCGAAGCGGGGUGUGAAGGGAGUGCAGUGA